AUGUUGUGCAUGUUAGCUAAGGUGUUAUCUCCUAUAAGUUUGUUUAAAUUUAAGAAGUGUAUUGCAACUGCUAAGAUUAUUAGUAAAAAGUUGUUAUGUCUUGACAUUAGUACAAGAUGGAACUCUACCUAUCUCAUGUUAGAAGCUACAUUUGCUCUUAAGGAUGCACUUGAGAGGUAUUCUAAAGAGGAUUUUGUUGUGCGUGUUCCAAAGGAUAGAGAUGAAAACAGUAAACCUAAAAUUGAUGAUUUGGAUAAUGUUAGAAGUAGAAUGUCAAGACUCGGGGUUAUGAUGCAUAAAACUGAGUCGAAUCGAUUGGAAAAUGCCCAUUUGACUCGCUCAUUUAUAUCUUUAGCACUUAAAUUUUCUGCCAAUUAUGGCUUUUUCUGUGAAGCAAAACAGCUACAUUCACUUGUGAUGAAGUUUGGUUUGUAUGAAAAGUUGUCUAUACAGAAUCAAAUCUUGCAUUCUUAUGUAAAAUGUGGGGAGUUUGGGCAUGCUCAUAAAGUGUUUGAUGAAAUGCCUGUGAGAAAUGUUGUGUCGUGGAAUACAUUGUUUAGUGGGUGUGUUUCAAGGGUAGGAUUUGGGUUUUGUUAUUUUAGGAGAAUGUUAUUAGAAAUGGUGCAACCGGAUUCUACAACAUUGAAUGCUUUGUUUCGGUGGCAUGGUGUCUUUGAUGACCUUAGAAUAGGUGGACAAUUACGUGGUUGUGCAAUGAAAGUUGGAUUGAGCUCAGAUAGGUUCGUGGGUUGUUCUAUUGUUGAUCUUUAUGAAAAACUUGGGGAAGUUAGUGAUGCAAAAUUUGCUUUCGGUGAAUUGGGUUCGAGGGAUUUGGUUUCGUGGAAUGUGAUGGUUUCUGCGUAUGCCUUGAAUGGCAUAGUGAAAGAAGCCUUUAGGAUUUUUAGAUCAAUGCAGGUGAUUGGAGUUCGAGGGGAUGAAUUUACUUUUGCUAGUCUUUUAGUUCUUGUAAAUUGA